AUGGUGGUCUUGACCUCUACUUCGCUCCUCUAUAUUGCUGAGACUAGCGAGCCAUCGAAGCGCGGCUAUUGGAUAGCAAUGUGGUAUUUAUACACCGUUUUCCCGUCCGAGAGUUACCAGGUAUUUGUGAAAACGGUGAUGCCAGAGUCUGCCACCAUGAACUUCCUUGAUUUUGUGCUGUCAGCGUUGGCCGCAUCAGUUCUUUUAGGAUUGAGCAUCCCGAUGAUUGAAUCUCCCUACUGGCUGGCUUCGAAUGGUAACAUCGCAGCAGCUUAUCAUUGUCUACGAUGUUUCCGUGAUACGGAGCUUCUAGCUGCUCGGGAUAUUUACCAGAUACACGACUUUAUCAACAACCGACAGAUUCCACUCGAUAGUCAUCCUUCUGGAAUCACACCAGAUCCAGAGCCCAGAUUAAUUACUACCAAUCGGAGGAUGAUAACUUCAUUGUCGAUAUGUGUUGUGCUGAUGCAUAUCAGAGGCAUGUCGAGAGUCUUGGUCUCUGAAACUGGCUUUCUCCAGGGCAAGACCUCCUUGAUGUAUUCCCUUGUUCAGGCAAUCUUCAUGGCAGUACGAACCAUGUUUUUUGUUGUCAUGACACAACUGUUGGAUCAAUUGCGACGAAGAAGAACCAUUCUUGUCCUGCUUUAUGGACUGUUUACAUGCGUCAUGCUACUAUGCGCUGUUCCCGAAUUCGAUGCUUUCUAUUUAUGCUUCACUGCCCUCCACUUUUUCGCGGAGGCUCCAAUAGCUCUCUACGUUUCAGAGGUGUUCCCAUUGGACUAUCGUGAGAUGGGUGUUUCCCUGGCACUUUCUGUCUAUGCUGGAUCCACCCUAGUACUAGAGCGAAAUGCGCCGGAACACCACCAGUCAGACGUACCGGGAUCGGGUUUCCCCUUUUGA